AUGCCUCUGUUCACAAUCAUUUCUCGCGUUUCACCGCCUCUCAUCCUCGUAGAGAGCAUGGAUCUAGACACCAAUCAGUCACUCCACAAGUCACUGAGAAAACAGGCCAAAGAACUGAUUCAAGUAAUGACGCGUUCCUCUGAACAAACUGGAAUCAUCAAUUCGCGAUGGUGUUACUUUAUUUACCUGAUUCACGCCAACGUGUGCUACCUGACAGCGUGCGAGGAAGGCUACCCCAAAAAAUUAGCGUACAGCUUUUUAGAAGAAAUAAAAAAAGAAUUUGACGUACAUCAUGGAUCUGAAGUGCUACAAACCAAACGGCCCUAUACGUUCGAGGCAUUCGACACGUUCAUUCAAAAAACAAAAAAGCUGUACUUGGAUGUCAAGUCACAAAGGAACUUAAACAAGGUGUCUUCGGAUCUGAAAGACAUCAACGAGAUCAUGCAGAGGAAUAUCCGAGACAUUCUUGGAAGGUCUGCAAAAAUAAGUGAGGUGGUUUCUAAAAGCGACACUUUGGGUGCACAAGCUGAAAGCUAUCACAAAAAGGCCAAACACUUUAAUGCACAACAUUUUUGGAGAACUUGGGGACCAAUCAUGGCGGGUCUGACCUUUAUCGUAUUCCUAUUCCUGCUACGGGUAUUAUUGUUCUAGCCAGUUUUUAACAUUUUCAAACAGAAAGUUUAACAUUUUCAAACAGAAAGUGCGCCAAGAUAAUGCUAAAAAGGUGCAAAUUCGUGCUACUGAUAAAAAAAUCAUUUCGCAAAAUAAUAUAUAGUUCUCUGAAAAUAGCCACUCUA